AUGAACCGGGGAGGAGACGAAAGAAAGAAAGAAAAUGAAAAAAUUUCCGAUAGUGAUUUGGAGAUAUAUAUUAAACAUCUUGAUAAAUUAAAAGAAGACUUCAAAGCACGUUUCGAUGACUUGAAGAAUAUGCAUGUUCCCGAAUGGUUUGCUAAUCCAUUUGAUGUAAAAUUAGAUAAUGAAGGUAGUGAACCCGGCUUAGAAGAUGAACUGAGUGAAUUAUAUCUCAGAGCAGAAGCCGAACUUUUCUUACUUCCAUUCCCAACUUCAUACGUGGUUGAAACUGGUUUUAACCACUUGAACGCAAUUUUGACAAAACAGAGGAACAGAUUGAACUUAAAAAACCGUGAUGAUUUGCGACUAAAACUAACCAAUUUUCAACCGAAUAUCAAUAUUCUUGCUGCUUCUCUUCGAACACAUUUAUUUCACUAA